AUGGCUGUCUCUAAACUCCUGGAGAUGCAGCACAUUACUCAAUAUCGCGCUGUCCUUUCACAAGAAGAUGUAGACGCAAUUGCACAAUAUGAUGCCGAUCUCGCGCGCAAGGCACAGAUAGCAGUCGACGAGGGUUUGGCAGUAAAUUUUCAGGAUUUGGAGUACUUUGAUCGGCCAGAGUUUGUAGACGCAUUUAAAAAAGAAAAAGAAAUUUUAAAAAAUAUACGAGAAGAAGUGCUGUCAGCCCCAAAGGGUCAGUACUCUAAGCCAAAGUCUCUUGAUGAAUACCAGCUGCCUAGGGCUUAG